ACCAAAAUCCAAGCUCAUUUCCUUGUCAUGUUUAUCUCUUGUUCUGUUCCUACUUUUCCUUCUAAUUUCCCACAUGCACACCCCAAUCAAUCAACACAUUAAUUCAAGAUCAAUACACAUUCACAAGCACAUUCAAGUAGCGAAUACACAUUGUCAAGGCACAUUGUACCCAGAAUUAUGUGUCUCUACACUCUCUACAUUCCCAGAUCUUCAAGAAAAGUCUAUCCCAGAAGUUAUCUCUGCCCUUGUGAAUGUCACCAGGACGGAGGUCCUGGUUUGCGCUUCCAACGCCACUGACCUCCGCCGGAAACUCAAGAAACACCAUUCCAUUGAUAGGAGAGCUCUCGACGAUUGUCUCGAGCUAUUUUCCGACACGGUGACUGAGCUAAAAACUACACUUUCCAAUCUAGCAGAAAACUCUUCUGAAGAAAAACAUUAUACAAAUAUACAAACUCUUCUUAGCGCUGCAAUGACGAAUCAAUACACUUGCCUUGACGGGUUUGCUUAUAGUAAAAACAAUACUCGCCGGUACAUUCAAGGCCGGCUGAAGAAAAUCUCCAUGCAUUUGAGUAAUUCACUCGCCUUGCUCAAGAAAAUCAAGAUGGAAAAGAAGGGUUCGAGAAAUACAGAACUGUUUGAUGGAUACGGGUCGAUGAAAAAUGGGUUCCCAGUUUGGUUGAAGAGGAAGGACCGGGCACUUUUACGGGCUUCGGUGAAUCAAACACAGUUCGAUUUGGUGGUGGCGAAAGAUGGUAGUGGGAAUUUUACGACGAUAAAUGAGGCCUUAAGUGCAGCGCCGAAUAAUAGAGACAAGAGGUUUGUGAUUCACAUUCGGGGCGGAACGUACUACGAGUACGUUGAAGUAGAAAGGAGAAAGAGCAUGAUCAUGUUUGUAGGAGAUGGAAUUGGAAAGACACUUAUAAAAGGGAACCGGAAUGUUGCCGAUGGCUGGACUACUUUCCGAUCUUCCACAGUUGCGGUGGUGGGAAGUGGAUUCAUCGCCAAAGGCAUCACAUUUGAGAACUACGCCGGGCCGGGCAAACACCAAGCAGUGGCUCUAAGAAGCAGUGCAGAGUUCUCCGCCUUCUACCAAUGCAGCUUCGUCGGAUAUCAAGAUACUCUCUACGUCCAUUCCUUCCGGCAAUUCUACCGUGAGUGCGACAUUUACGGCACAGUCGACUACAUCUUCGGCAACGCUGCCGUCGUUAUCCAAAACAGCAAUCUAUACGCGCGAAAACCUAACGGCAAACAGAAGAACACAUACACCGCCCAAGGAAGGGACGAUUCGAACCAAAACACAGGGAUAUCAAUUCUGAAUUGCAAAGUGGCCGCCGCCUCCGAUUUGAUUCCUGUCCAGUCCUCAUUCCGAACCUAUCUCGGCCGGCCGUGGAAACAGUAUUCCAGGACUGUAUAUCUUCUGUCACAUAUAGGGGAUUUGGUGGAACCGGCGGGUUGGUUGGAAUGGGAUGGGACUUUUGCACUGGAUACGCUUUAUUAUGGAGAGUAUAGGAAUAGAGGCCCCGGAUCAAAUACGACUGCGAGAGUGCGUUGGGCGGGUUACCGAGUUAUUAACAGUUCAACUGAAGCGAGUCAGUUUACUGUUGGUAAUUUCAUACUGGGAAAUCAAUGGCUGCCGGCGACAGAAAUUCCGUUCUAUUCCAAUUUAACAGCCACUUGAUUUUUUUUGUUGUG